UUGCAGCGAAACGGUAUCAAAGUGAAGUUUGCUUUCGAUUCAUUCACAACCCUCCUGAACUGUGUGCAGUGAAGUGCAAAUCGUGCCAACGGCUUAAGCAGCAAAACACACUCACGCAACAAAGCCAAAACACUUAAACAUGUUCGCUAAGGUAUUCGUUGUUCUGGCCGCCGUCGCCGUCGGUGUUAACUCGGUCGCUAUCGGAGUCGCUGCCCCGGCCGCACUGGUAAAGACUGAGGAGUACGAUGCUCACCCACAGUACAGCUUCAGCUACGACGUCCAGGACUCGCUGACCGGCGACAACAAGCAGCAGCACGAAACCCGCGAUGGCGAUGUUGUGCAGGGUCAGUACUCGCUCGUUGAGCCCGAUGGUACUCGUCGUACCGUCGACUAUACGGCCGAUCCGGUGAACGGCUUCAACGCCGUCGUCAGCAAGACUGCCGAUGCCGCCGUCGUUAAGACCGUUGCCGCUGCCCCCGUUGCCCACCCCGUGGUGGCCUACCAUGCCCCGACCGUUGCCGUUGCCCAUGCACCGGCCGUUGCCGUUGCUCACGCACCCGUCGCUUACCAUGCGCCAGCUGCCACCACCUACGUGUCGCACGCUCCGGUCGUUUCGCACGCUCCCGUCUACUCGCAUGCUCCCGUCUACUCGCAUGCCCCCGUCUACUCGCACGCACCCGUUGUAUCGCACGCCCUCUAUCACCACUAAGCGAUAAACGAUGUGCCAAGGACAUUCUGGAGAAAGAUAAUGGAUGUCCCAACGAUAAGGACACGAUGCCGACCUCAACUCAGGCCAUAUAGAUACACCCGCACACACACACGCAUACGUAAUCUAGAGGGGGUGGUCUUACACUGCCCGAAUGAAUCGUACCCGAUUGACUCAGAUUUGUUCUGUUUGAUUAGCUGUUAGAUUAAUGCAAUUUCUUUAACGAACAGUAUUACGUACUUUUGUUUCCUUCUUCUACACUAUCUCCUCUUAAAAGCUUUCUAUUUAAAGAUUUUUUGUUUUCUUUAUCGUAUGAUUUUGAAGAUUUUCCUUUUUCUUUCUCUUUCUGUCCUAUUCUCGUAGCGUGCCUUUAACCUCAAUAGUUAGGUAAGGUACGUGGCGUGAGUUAACUAUUUGCGAGGAAAUAAAGUACUACGUUCUGCCCCUGCUACGUUUGAAAAGAUAACGUACAAGGAAAAUUAAAAA